AUGGCAUCGGGCGGCUUUUACCGGAUCUGUUGGUGUGGCCACUGGGAUGGCUCCAGCUCAAGCAACAUCUCAUAUUGUGAAGACGGAACAGAUUUCAGGGUAGAUGUUGGCACUCUGAUGCUGGUGGGCCCCACGCCACUGAAUCAAGCAUGGACUUGCAUCAGUGGCACGACAUGCCUGCUGAAUGAUAUCAGUGGCAAUCAUUUGUCCAUCUACGACCACUACCUGGUCCUGCACACUUGUGGAGUCCAGGAUGUUGCGAGCAGAUUUCCUGAGGAGGGCAGCCUCUUCCAGGUUUCAGGACAAUGUGGUUGCACGUCGCCCCUCUGUAGCUCCUACCCACCGGGCACAAACCAAUCUCUUUGCGCAGCCUGUGGCGACUUCUGCCCCAUGGAUGAGAAAACAGAUCCAGGCAUAUGUGGUUGCGGCACGCCAGAGGUGGACUCAGAUGGCGAUGGCACACCCGACUGUGUAGACCAGUGUCCCCUGAACCCAGGCAAAACGGCACCCGGCAUUUGUGGUUGUGGGAGCCUUGAUUCGGAUAGCGAUCUUGAUGGCAUCCCGGAUUGCAAUGACCAAUGUUCCGGACCAGAUUUCACAGGUGGCUCCUGCUGCGUUGUAGUUGACUCUGAUGCGGAUGGGCUGCCUGACUGCCUGGACCAGUGUCCGCACGAUGCCAGCAAAGUGCUUGCUGGAGUUUGCGGCUGCCAUGUUUCAGACGUUGACAGCGACAUGGACGGCGUGCUGGACUGCCUGGAUUUGUGCCCGCAUGAUCCUGCCAAAACUUUCCCCGGAAGCUGUGGAUGCGGAAUUUCCGAAGCUGAUGCGGAUGGUGACUCCGUGCCGGACUGCAUCGAUGUUUGCCCGAACAGUGGCGACUUCACCUUUCAAGGUGUCCAGGCAAGUUUCGGACACGUGUCUGUGACUGCAGCUGCGGGUACCUACCGCCUUUGUUGGUGUCAUUCGGGAGCAAGCUGUGGAUCUCGAGCGGAUUUCAUUGUAGAUGUUGGAUCCUUGCAGCUAUUGGGAAUCCAAGACAUACGCAGCAGCCGAACAUGCGUAAGUGGGCAACCCUGCUUUAUUCGCCGCUUGAUGGACAGCAGUGAAUCUGGAAUAAGUCUUCACCCUAUGAUUGCAAAUUUCUCUGCAACCCCAAUGUUGGUAUUGGACACGUGUGGGGUGCUGCCUGUCGCUGGCAACCAAUCCCUGGAAGACGGCUCUGAUUUCAUAUCGCCGCAAGUUGCACUAAACGCGCAGCGAACAUCAGGGUGGCUGGCUGGACAGUUAACCUCAGCUGGUGGGCUCUACCGGCUUUGCUGGUGCUCAAAUGCCGGCAGAUGCAGCCUUGUGCCAGACUUUCACACUGAUGUUGGUGAACUCAUGCUACUUGGGCCUUUCCCGCUCUCCCAGCAAGUCACAUGCAUAGCUGGCUUGACCUGUCGAAUUGACGGCAUACAGGGGCUGGGCAUCCCGCAGGCGGAUCUGGUUCGAGUUCUCGACACCUGUGGUCAUGCCAGCGGACAAGCCUUGACAGUUCCAACUUUCAAUGCAAGUCUGGGGAUGGCUGUGGAUGCUGUAAGUACGGUUGCAACGCAGACCUUCGCAGGCGGAUCCUACCGUCUUUGUUGGUGCGCGGCCGGUUUUCAAUGCAGCCUACACCAUGAUUACCGGGUUGACUUCGGUGUGUUUUCUCACGUUGGUCCAUCUCCCUUGGCAUCGCAGGAUCGGACAUGUGUGACGGGACAGGCUUGCAUCAUCGAGCGCAUUGAAGGUCACCUGCUAUCGACCGAUGAUGCGUAUUGGAUCCUGGAAACUUGUGGCACUCAAGCCCCCUCCAGAUUGGUUGGGCAAGGGCAAGCAAUCCCGCAGAACGAUUCCAUGUCAAUAAGCUGGGGAGAUGCUGCACACACUGCGGUUGGUGGCCAAUAUCGCCUUUGCUGGUGUUCAGCAUUUGCCAAAUGCGACGUGGCUCAGAAUUUUGUGGUUGACGUGGGUGGUCUGUUGUUGAUCGGCCCCAUUCCACAAGACAGGACUUGCAUCAGUGGCCAGACUUGCUUCAUGAAAGCUUUACCAGGAUACCAUUUGCAGGCAGACGACCGUCUGCUGGUGCUGGAUACCUGUGGAAGGCCUUCUCCAGUCGUGGGCUUUCCCCUGCUGCAAUCCCAAGUCUUCCCAAACUCAUCAACCGUUUCAGGCUUCGUAGCUGGCAGUGUGCUUGGGUUUGUCACGUCCGCUGGAGGAAGCUACCAGCUGUGCUGGUGUGCGGCAUCUGCUUUCCACUGCAGUUUGGCAGAAUCUUUUCAAGUCAACGCCGGGUCACUCACAUUGAUUGGGCCCAGCACAGACGCGAAUCGUGCUGUAAGCAGGCUGCGAAUUUGCAUUGCCGGAAGCAUUUGUACUGUUCAAAGCCUUCCUGGACAAGAUCUGCAGGAGGACGAUCAGCUCAUGCUCUUGGAGACAUGCGGCUUGCAAGGUCCCAGCCAGGGCCAGAUGCCUAUGCCCAGUUUGCAGGCCAAUGGCACCGGCCUAGCGUUACUGUCCAACAAUGUUACCGUUUGGUCCGCGGCAGGUGGAACGUAUCGACUUUGCUGGUGUGCUUCCGGUCAUAGCUGCAAGAGCGCAUCAGAUUUCAGGGUGGAUGUUGGUCAGCUUGAUGUCGUCGGGCCCUCAAGCGUGACCUCCCCUUUCCGCUGGAAACCGGGAUAUUGCCAGAGUGCAAACGCUUCUGUACUUGCCUUCUCCUAUGUUGAAAGCAUGGAGGCGUGUUGGCUACGUUGCAGCUCUAGCAGCUCAAACGCAAGUGGACUCUCUUGUGGCGCUGCAGAGUAUACUCCCGAGUCUGGAUUCUGCAGGCUGUGGGAUGGCUGCAGUAUUGUUUCAAGCCAGGCCUCCCAGACCUUAGUUCUUUCAGCGCAGGAGAAGUGGAAGGCUGGUCAGGACAGGACCUGUGUGACUGGACACCCAUGCACGGUAGACGACGUUCUGGGGCACCUGCUUACAGAGGGUGACGCCUAUGCCGUGUUGGAGAGCUGUGGUAGCACCCUUGCCUGGAGCUACACAGCGCAGAGUGUUUCUGGGCGUGGUGGCUACGCGAAUCCAUGUCACUGUGCAGAGUCUAUGAAUGACACAGAUGGCGAUGGUGCCAUCGACUGUAUUGACGAGUGCCCACUGGAUCCAGGUAAAAUAGAGGUUGGAAUAUGCGGUUGCGGACAAGCGGACGCGGACAGCGAUGCAGACGGUGUCCCAGACUGCCAGGACAGAUGUGAUCUCCAAGCCGAGAAGACAUUACCAGGUAUUUGUGGCUGCUCAGUACUGGAUACCGACACCGAUGCAGACGGGGUUCCUGACUGCAACGAUCGAUGUCCCAGCUUGCCUGACAACUCUGCAGGGACGGCUGGCUGUCCUGCUGCAGCUGCAGACUUGGAUGGUGAUGGUGUGCCAGAUUUCCUGGAUGAGUGCCCUGGAGAUUCUACCAAGACUUCAGCAGGCGCAUGUGGGUGUGGAGAGAGUGAUGCAGAUACCGACAACGACGGCCUGCCAGACUGCAUUGAUCUAUGUCCCAAUGAUGCCUUCAAAAUUGUUCCAGGAGCGUGUGGUUGUGGGAUUCCAGACCUGGACCGCGAUGGGGACGGCACGCCUGACUGCCACGACAAGUGUCCAUCAUUUGAUGCAGUUUUUGGUGCCGUUUCUGUAGAGUUUGGCAUGCUGCCAGCUGGGCAGUAUCGUCUCUGCUGGUGUUCACGUUCAAUCAAGUCCUGUGCGGCCUCUCAGGAAUUCAACGUGGAUCUUGGGGGUCUCAGCAUAUUUGGGCCACAGAUUCAAGAUCGAACCUGUAUCAGUGGCCAGCCUUGCCGAUUUGGCGACUUGGCAGGUGACAGCCUUGAUGAUGCUGACCGUUUGCUUAUUCUCGAUACCUGCGGCUCCUCUACAGCUCUCAUUCCUCGCUGGUCACAAUCCGUGGCGCUGCCGCUUCUUUCCAGUGGCUCCGCUGCUGCAUGGUCCUCCUUACCAACAGCUGCAGGUGGGUUGUAUCGCUUGUGUUGGUGCACUGUCCGUCCAUGGCAGGCAGAGCCAGUGGCCCUCUGCGAUCAGGCAGAUCGCUUUACAGUUGACAUCGGCGGAUUGACCCUCCUCGGCCCAUCUCCGCUUCAUCAGGCAUACACUUGCGUGUCAGGGCAGCCAUGCGGUCUUCAUGGACUCACCGGUCUGCAUCUGACACCCGGCGAUACCAUUAUGAUACUCGACACCUGUGGCAACACCAAUUUCGCUUCCUCCCUCCUUGCCGCAGCUGGAUGGGACGGGCUAUUCUUCCGAUUUGCAGAUGCUGCAGAGGCAAGUAGCCAGUUGCAGGUCGCAAACACAACGCAGGUGCCAUUGUUAGAGGUGGCAGGAGGCCAAUACCGACUCUGCUGGUGCUCAGCGGCCACAGGCUCUGCUUGUUCAUCUGUAACAGAGCACCUGGUGGAUUUUGGGAAGCUACGUGUACUUGGACCUUUCCCCCUCCAGCAGCAACGGACCUGUGUGAGUGGCCAGACCUGCAUCUUCUCUUUGCAAGUUUGGGACGCUUCAGCACAAGACAGCCUGCUGUUGCUGGACACCUGUGGCUUGGACAGUUCCAUCCCCAAGGUACAGUCUACGCGGGGACAUUGUGGAAAAGCUUCCGUUGUAGGCACGGUGCCACUUCAGGAUUUCAAUGUUCUCCUGGACACAACUGCUGCAAGCGCAUCGGCAUGCCGUGUGCUGUGCGAUGCAAAUGUUGACCAUUCUCGUAAUGCGUCCUGUGUUGCUGCCAUGUACAAGGAUUCACUAAGCAACAUGAGCACAUCCGCAGACUCCCGUGCGGUUGGCUUCUGCCAGCUUUACUCGAUUUGUUCACUAGUGUCUGACGAAUCCUCAGAUUAUGUGGUGCUCACGCUUCCGCAGGCAAACAGAGAACAGAAUUCACCUCUGCCUUCAAUGCUCCAGCUCGGAAACGUGUCACUCUCUGGUGGAGCCCAGAUAGCCAUCGCGAGCUGGGACGAGCUCGUGUUUUCCAGUGCAGGUGGAAAUUUCCGCUUGUGUUGGUGUGCAGGUGGUCAGGUGUGCCAGACCCCGGCAGAUUUUGCACUGGAUGCUGGCUCCUUUACGCUGAUUGGACCCUUUGAGCUUGACAGCAGCCGCACCUGCAUGAGUGGAGUUAGCUGUGUCGUGGACGGCGUAGUGGGUGUAGGCUUAUCAGACGGAGAUCGUCUUCUUGUGCAGGACACCUGCGGUGCUUCAGUCUCAGGCGCGCAAUUGCACUUCUUGGCAGCCAACAGCACGGAAAUCAGCCGCAGGGCAGUUUCCUCCAACAAUGGUAGCAUCCAAGUCCUAAGCCUGCCCGGUGGUCAGUACAGAUUGUGUUGGUGUGCAGAUGGCUUUCCUUGUGUUGCAGGUCAGGUGGACAUCGGUGAACUUGUUGUGAGAGGUCCUAAGCCGGGCCAGCAUCGCACUUGCAUCGCAGGUCAGGUGUGUGAGAUUCCAGCUCUGCUGGGUCAGGCCCUGGAUAUACGUGACGGCCUGUUUGUGCUGGACACCUGUUCAAGGCCUGGCAAUCUGUUGCCCACCAUACAGAACUUCCCUGAUGCUGGCAAGCUGCUGGUAACCAGAACCAUGCAUGACGCUUCCUGGGCAUCUUCUUUUGUAGUGUCAGCAGCUGGGGGUGACUAUCGCCUGUGCUGGUGCGCGACCUCGGAUUGUGUUUCGGAGGACUUGCAAGCUCAUUUCAUUGAUGCGGGCACUUUGCACUUGCUUGGACCCAGUGUGCUUGGUGUGGCGAAGACCUGCGUUUCUGGUCGGGCCUGCGCCAUUCGGUACUCUGGCAACGACUUCUUCCAGACAGCGCACGGUUUCAGUGUGGGAGAUACUCUCCGGGUUUCAAGCACAUGCGGUGAGGCAUCACAUAUCCCUGGGUUCGGUGAUGGAACGGCAAUUGAUGUGACUGCCUCCGGUGCCCUCUUCUCCUGGGGCAGCGACGCUAUCUCGUCUGCUGCGGGAAGCUUCCGCCUGUGUUGGUGCGCUGCAGGCUUUGCUUGUGCAGGAGGCGAGAGCUUUCAAGUUGACGUUGGCAGGCUUCUGGUCCUCGGGCCUCCUUCGCUCACGAUGGAGCGGACUUGCGUCAGCGGCCUCACGUGCAGCUUCUCCUUGGAACCAGACUUUGACGAAACCAGUGGCCAGAUCAUGCUGUUGAGCACAUGCAGCCCAGAUCCCGAACAGGGUAGCCCGCCGCUGCGACCAGCCAUCGCUGGAUUACCUGGGGAUGAGAUCAAUGCAACCAACGAGUCAAGCCGAUAUGAGGUGAUACAUUGGGGCAUGGAUCAGUUUACCGGCCAUGGUGGCCAGUUCCGCCUCUGUUGGUGUGGUGCAUCUCGUUGUGGCUUGGUCGACAGUUUCCUUGUGGACAUCGGCUCGUUCACGUUGAUUGGCCCUGCCCCUUUGACACAAGACCGGACGUGUGUCAGCGGGCAUCCUUGCACUAUUGAAGGCUUACAAGGUCAGCACCUGUCUGCUUUUGACCACAUUAUGCUUCUAGAGACGUGCGCUGUUGCGCAGGGCCUUGCCCACGUGUUUACAUCUGAUAUGUCCAACUCCAGCCUCAGCAGGGAUGGCCUGACCGCAAAGUGGGUCUUGGAGAAGAUUUCUUUUGCCGGUGGGCAAUAUCGAAUCUGCUGGUGUUCUUCUGUAGGCCCAUGCUCCACAGCAUCGGAUUUCAGUGUCGAUGCUGGCAGCUUGCUCAUCAUUGGACCAUCACCGCUGGACCAGAGGAGGACAUGCAUCAGUGGAGAUCGCUGCCCUGGUUUCUACAUUCAUGGCCAAGAUCUGUCGCAGAAUGGCACUGUGCGAAUUCUUGAUACAUGCGGCAUCGACACAACGUCAGAAGGGUGGCCUCAGGCAAACACAGUUUCUCUCGGAGACCCUUCUACCAUCCUGCUUGAGUUUGGAAAGCCAAUUGCGGCUGCGGCUGGAGCGUACCGUCUCUGCUGGUGUCAGCCGUUGCAACACGAAUUUGAGAACUCUACCACGUUCUGUGCUUUGCAUUCCCAGCACAUCGUCGACUUUGGCCAAGUUACCCUACUAGGGCCAGCUCUUUUGCAGCACCGCACAUGUGUGGCCGGCCAGCGCUGCGUGCUUGAAGACCUCCACCUGGGCGCAAGUGUUGUGAUGCCACAAGACACCGUGAUGGUUCUGGACACUUGCGCCCAUAUCUCACCUAUUGCUGGAUGGCCUGAAGGUGGUGUUUUCUCAAGCCUGGAAGCCAGCGGCGCCCGGCUGAGCUUUGGUGCAUCCACUGUCACAGCAGCAGCUGGAUAUUAUCGACUUUGCUGGUGCGCAGACGGUCAGUGCAGGGAUGGCGGCGAGGCCUUUGUGACUAUUGGGGAGAUGUUCUUCCUUGGGCCGCUGCCCUUGCAACAGGACAGGACAUGCCUUAGUGGACAGAUCUGUGACCUGGGAAACAUUCUUGGACUGGGACUGGAUCCCUACAAAAUGUCCAGUGUGUCGGGGUUCCAGUUCUUGCAAGACCGUACCACAGGCCAGUAUGAUGUCAAGGACUACUUUGUGGAGGUCUCCUAUGACUUUGCAGCUUCAAAUCCAUCCGCGGCCACCUGGACGGCGGUUGCAUCGUGCGCUGCGGAACAGGAGGUCACAUGGCAGAACUGCACGUGGCCAUCGACUUCUGCACCUUUUUGGCGCUGGCGCAUCACACAAACCUGGGGAUUGAGUACAGACCCUCCAAAGCCUCGGGAAGUGCAGUUUCUCAGCUAUGCACAAGACCGAUUGGCUUCGUACGCAAGCUUCACACGGUGGCCUUCUGAUUUCUCCGAGUCCUGGAUUGUCGCUGCAAGUGCGACUGGAACUCCACAUCAAGACUUGUCGAACCCUCUCAGCCCAAUAGUUUAUGGACCGGAGAAUCUGAUGGAUGGAGAUCUGACAGACGACUCGCGCUGGUGGCCAACAGGUGGUAGCACUGAAUGGUCGGUUGUUUUUGACCUGCGGCAGACAGAUAGCCUUGCCAUUUUAGACACCUGCGCAGUGGCUUUUGCACCCCAUCCUCAUGGUUCCGUGACAGCACUUACAAACCCAGCAUCCUUUCCAACUUACGGAAGUACACUGCUGACAGCUGCUGGUGGCAUGUACAGGUUGUGCUGGUGUAGCCGUGGCUUUGACUGCAGCUUGCCCACUGCAUUCGCAGUUGACGUAGGGGCACUUUGGAUGCAAGGCCCAGAACCAUUGUCACAGCACCGGACGUGUGUGUCAGGUCAGCCAUGUGUAAUUGAAGAUAUCAACGUACAGGGUGCAUCGGGCGUGCUUCAAGUUCUGGACACUUGUGGUCAGGGCUUUGCAUAUUCUCAGCUAUACGGAUGGUCAGGCACCUUCACGCAGUGGAAUGAGACAGGGACGGUGCUACCAAGGCUCUUGCUGGACACGGGCUUUCUGACCACAGCGGGUGGUUUGUAUCGUUUGUGCUGGUGUGCUUCACUUGCAACAUGCGAUCAUCCAGAUGAUGUGCGGGUGGAUGUUGGCUCAUUCGAUGUUGUGGGUGUGAGCCCGCUCCAGCAGGAUCGAACUUGUGUAAGUGGCCAGACAUGUUCUUUCGACGGGGUCACGGGCCGCUACCUGAGCUCAUCGGAUCAGCUUCUCAUUUUGGAUACCUGCGGUCAAGCAGUACCCUCGGAGUUCCUCCCGAGCAUUUCCCUGGCAGUAUCAAUUUCUGAUCCAACGGCCUCCUGGUCGGAUCGGACUCUAAAAGCCACCACAACACCCGCUCUUGUCAUCGGCCAGGGGGCAGAGUACAGGAUUUGCUGGUGCGGAGGCGGAUUCGAAUGCACUUCAACUCAAGAUUUUCGCACAGACGUAGGGCGCUUCAGCAUCGUUGGACCGUAUCAGCGGCAGUCUCGGACCUGUGUUAGUGGGCAGCAAUGCAGUCUGGGCGGAAUACAAGGAAACCUCCUAUCACCCUCGGACGGCCUGCUUGUUCUCGACACUUGCGGAGUUCAGGUCUCAAUCCCACGCCUACCCAACGCGGGUCGCAUGGAGGUAUCCCUGACAUGCCAGUGUGCUGCAGCAACUGGUGACUCUGACAUGGAUGGCGUACCAGAUUGCUUGGACGAGUGCCCCUUCGAUUCAAACAGGACAACGGUAGGCGUUUGCGGAUGCGGUGUUGAUGAUGUCGACUCCGACCUCGAUGGCGUGCCUGACUGUUUGGAUCAUUGCCCGCAAGAUCCAACCAAGUCCAAGUCAGCUGGAUUGUGUGGAUGCAAUGUGCCAGAGACAGACUCAGACCUGGACGGCACCCCAGACUGCCUGGAUCUUUGUCCACUUGAUGCAAAUAAGCAGAGGCCUGGUAUUUGCCCAGGCCCAGAGUGGCUGGCCAUGCAGAGCAUGUCCACACACCAGUCUUCCACGCAACUCAGUAGAAUGUCUCACCUUGCCGUCGAUGCCUCAACGAGCGCAAAUUUCUUCCAUGGCAGCUGCACCCUCACGAACGCCGAAAGUAACCCAUGGUGGUACGUGGACUUAGGCUAUCUUUUCGAUGUGGAGAUGUUGAGGAUUACGCCAAGAACAGACUGCUGCGACACCAGUCUCGUAGGUGUGGAGGUCUGGACAACGCCCAUCAGCGCCCUGGCGUACAGCGAUGGGGUGAAAUGUGCGACCAUCACGAUACAACCCCCUCUUCCAGCUCUUGGUGAAGAGGCGCCGGUCAUCGACGUACCUUGCCAGGCGCAAGGCCAGUUGAUCUGGUUGGUGCUUCCGGGAACUGUAGAGCUCUCCCUUUGUGAUGUUAAAGUCUUUGCUGAACCGGCUGUCAGCAACUCAUCGAUUUUCCCGGGAAUCAGUGGGACGCAUUACGAAUCUACCAGCAACUGUUUGAUUUCCGGCCUGGGCAGCGCCUGUGGCUGUGGGCUAUUGGACACAGACACGGAUGGUGAUGGUGUGCCGGACUGCAUCGAUCAGUGCCCCAACGAUCCCUUGAAGUCUCUUCUGGGAGUAUGCGGCUGUGGUGAACCUGAGGAUGAUUCGGAUGUGGAUGGCGUGCUUGACUGCGUCGACCAGUGCCCCCAGGAUCCAUUGAAAACCAGAGUCGGUAUCUGUGGCUGCGGGGUGCCUGAUACUGACGAUGACUCGGAUGGUACUCCAAACUGCAAUGAUAACUGCCACGGGCUGCAAGACUCGCUAGGUCCUGGAAGUAUUCCCUGUGGCUUCAUCACAGGCCUCGACUCUGAUAAUGAUGGCACGCUUGACUAUCAGGCCCCGAGCGUCACCUCCCUGACACCGGCACAAGCCAAACUCCCUUCUGAUCCAUCGAAGACCAGUCCUGGUCAGUGUGGCUGCCAAGUUGUUGAUGCCGAUGGAAGCCCCACGGCCAUCAUCACCAUCAACACAGGCCUUACAGAGCUAGAUUCUGACGCAGAUGGUGUGGCAGAUUGCCUGGAUCAGUGCCCCAGCGAUGCCGCCAAGACCGUGCUCGGAGCCUGUGGCUGCGGGCUGCCAGACACGGACACAGACCUCGAUGGCGUGCCAGAUUGCAUUGACCAGUGCCCAAACGACGCCAACAAAGUCUUGAUAGGGGCAUGCGGCUGUGGCUUGCCGGAUGUGGACUCUGACAAUGACGGUAUGCCAGAUUGUUUAGAUCGUUGUCCAAACAAUGCAAAUGUCAAUGCUAUUAGCGCUUGUGGUUGUGACGACACGGACAAUGACGGGGAUGGCGUAUUUGAUUGUGUAGACCCAUGUUCUCAGGAUGCGCAGAAGACGACAGCCGGGCGGUGCGGUUGCGGCGUAGCAGACACAGACAGUGAUGGAGAUGGUGUACCAGACUGCUAUGAUGCCUGCCCCGGUGCUCCUGAUGUUGCACGAGACGGCCUCAACCCAAGUUUCGAUAGCUUUGUUACCUCUGCAGGAGGCACAUACAGCCUGUGCUGGUGUUCAGCUGGCUUUGACUGUUCCACCCAAGAGGCUUUCAUCGUUAGUGUGGGCUCGCUUACAAUCAUUGGGCCGUCUCCAUUGUUUCAGCAUCGGACCUGUGUUGCAGGCCAGGCUUGCCAUGUCAAUAGCCUGGAAGGUACUUACCUCCAUGCGCAGGAUCAAGUUGCCGUUCUUGCUACCUGCGGCUUGCUGGCAGAGGUCGCCGGCAUGCCAAACAGUGGCUGGUUCACUUCAAACCUCACGGUGCAAGGCCUUGGCUUUGAAGGUACAAGAGUCACAGGACAGGGUGGACAGUAUCGCUUAUGCUGGUGUGCCUUUGACCAAGGCUGCACAAAACCAGAGCAAUUCCGGGUUGAUCUUGGCCAGUUCCAGGUCAUGGGGCCAGCGCCCUUGGAGCAAGGCUGGACUUGCAUCAAUGGCCAAACAUGCAGCUUGGACUCUGUGACCGGGGUAGACUUGGCGGAAUAUGACCGGGUGGUUGUGAUGGAGACCUGCAUGGUAAACCAGGUGGGGCGCUACCCAUGGACGGUGCUGCCACUGGCAGCCACAGCCAGCGGGACAUCCUACCAAUUUGCACCCGAGCUUCUUACAGCAGGUCAGUAUCGUCUUUGCUGGUGUGCAACAGGCAUGAGCUGCAGCACUUUCGAGGACUUUGCGAUUGACGUUGGAACUCUGAACUUGGUAGGGCCAUCGCCAUUGCAGCAAGACCGAACAUGUGUGGCGGGACAGACCUGCAACUUUGAAGGCUUCUCUUCUUUCGGAGAUGCUGGCAUGGGCACAAUCUGGAUCUUGAGCACCUGUGGUAGUGACGGCGAUCAGGUGGAACGUCUGCCACAAGGGGGGCAGCUCAUUGGCCGGGCCCCGAGACCAUCCUGGGGUUGCAGCGCAUCCGCAGAGGAUACUGACGGAGAUGGUCAGCCAGAUUAUUUGGACUCAUGUCCGCUGGAUGCCCUGCAGAAUGUAGCUGGCCAGUGUGGAUGUGGGGUGAUUGACAUGGAUUCUGAUGCUGACGGCACUCUGGACUGUUUUGAUGCAUGUCCAAGUGAUCCAGCAAAAACAUCUCCUGGUACAUGCGGCUGCGGGACCAGCGAGGUUGAUUCAGAUUUGGAUGGAACGCCGGAUUGUUUGGAUCGGUGCCCAGCAGACAUAUCCAAAGUAGUUCCUGGAAUCUGUGGCUGCGGGCUUGCUGACACAGAUGACAGCGACGGCGACGGUGUGCCAGAUUGUGUCGAUGAGUGUCCAGGCCUCCCAGACCAGACCCCACCUGUUUGUGGCUGUGUGGCCGCCAGCGCCGAUGAUGACGCUGACGGGACGAACAACUGCUUUGAUGGCUGCCCACUGGACCCAGCUAAGAGUGCCCCAGGCGCGUGCGGCUGCGGUGUGGCAGACACAGAUUCGGAUGCUGACGGAACUCCAGACUGCAUCGAUGGCUGUCCGUCGGAUGGUGCAAAGACAGCUCCAGGUCAGUGUGGAUGCGGAACUGCUGAUACUGACAGCGAUUCAGACCUCGUUGCAGACUGCAACGAUCUCUGCCCUUCUGAUAGCAGCAAGAUCAUUCCUGGGAAAUGCGGAUGUGGCAUGACAGAUGUCGACUCCGACAACGAUGGUGUACCUGAUUGCCACGACAGGUGCCCGGGCUUGCCUGAUUAUCGGCCGGCAGAGCCUGUAUCGGCAUACACCUUCGGAAGUUCAAGAGUGUCCAGUGCUGGAGGACUUUAUCGUCUAUGCUGGUGUUCACCUCAUGUGGAUUGUCAGUCUCAAGACAAAUUUGCAGUCGACGUGGGUUCAUUAACCAUUGUAGGACCAAGCCUUUACCAGCAGCGCACAUGCGUAAGUGGCAGAAGAUGCCGUUUUGGCGGUAUGGAUGGCAUCUUCCUGGCAGCAGAUGACCACGUCCUAGUGCUUGACACAUGUUCCCUCUUGCCAGAGAUGGAGCUCAACAUAUCCGUCUGGCCCCAUUUGGAGCUGGAGCUCAGCAGAUACAACAGCUCGGGUCUGGCUGCUUUCAGAUCAGCCGGGGCAUUGCAGCUGGCAGGAGGCAGCUAUCACUUAUGCUGGUGCGCAGGCAGCUUUGCUUGCGCCAGUUUAGCUGAGUUCAGUGUUGACUUUGGCAGCAUCACGGUCAUUGGUCCGAGGCCGCUGCAUGAGCAGCACGCGACUUGCUUCACAGGACAUACCUGCGAGAUACAGGAGAUAUCGGGCAACUACUUCGGUGAUGGUGAUGGGCUCAUGUUGCUUGAGACAUGUGGCCUGGCAGACAGCAUGGACAAUCCCAGCCUGACAUCGUUUCAAACGUUCCUGGACGCACCGAGCUCUGUUGGUGCCUUUGGGGAGGGUGCGUCGACGUUGUCAGCCUUGUCGUCAAUAACGAGUUCGGCAGGAGGCAUUUAUCGCUUGUGCUGGUGUGCGAAUGUGACGGUGGAUGCAACACCUUCAGAGUGUGGUGCCGAUUUAGGCGCACUUUAUCUCCUGGGGCCCAGGCCUCUUCAACAGGACAGGACCUGCGUUGCUGGGUCGUCUUGUUUAUUGAACGGUAUCACUGGGAUCGAGCUCUCAGCUGGUGACCAACUGCUGGUGCUGAGCACCUGCAAUCUGGACUUGUCGCAGAAGCGAGCAGAGACCGAGUACUUCGUGUCAGUCUCGGGCGCAUGGCAGGUGGCCAGGGGAGGCUCUGCCUUUAUGCUGGCCACGGAUGUCACCCGUCCCAGUGGUGGCAGUUACAGGCUAUGUUGGUGUGCCACGCCGUGUACCACGCUAUCACAUUACUCUGUGGACUUUGGAGAGCUGACGGUGCAAGGGCCAAUAGCCUUGAGGCAACAGCAUCGGACCUGCAUCUCCGGACAGGUCUGUGCUUUGAGUCCGAUUGAAGGGUGGUUUUUAACUGCCGCAGACAGCUAUCUACUCCUCGACACUUGUGGAGACAACGUGAUCGUCCCUGGUAUGCCAGACUCAGGCGGCUUCACCAGCUCGGCACUUUCCGCUCCUGGAGGUGUGAAUUCUGCAAGGACAUUCGUAAGUCUGUCGCUUGCCAAAGUUUCAGCAGCUGGAGGCCUCUACCGAAUCUGCUGGUGCGCUGGUGUUGCAUCAUGUCAUGACACAGCAAGCUUUGAUGUGGACGUAGGCCAGAUACAAAUCAUGGGUCCACAGCCACUUGAGCAAGACCGGACUUGUGUCUCUGGACAGCCCUGCUUGCUAGAUGGCCUCAGCGGGGUUGCGCUUCAUGCUGCCGAUCGGUAUUUCAUUCUGGACACAUGUGGAUCAUCACCCGCCCCACCAAGAUUUGCAGGUGCCGGAGUUGAUGAGUUCAACUCAUCGCUUCGCUUGAGCGAAUCCACCGUUUCUUGGGGGUCGGUACCCGUGACCGCGCAAGGAGGCUUGUACCGCAUCUGUUGGUGUGCAGCAGGCCAGGUCUGUAGUGCUGCUGAAGAUUUUGCCAUAGACAUGGGCCGCCUGACUUUGAUUGGGCCGGUGCCACUCGCAACCGGGGCCACAUGUGUGGCAGGCCGUACAUGCUCGAUCACUGGCAUCUCGGGCGAGUUUCUGAGUACAGGCGAUAUGGGGAUCCUACUCGAUACGUGUGGGCUACCAGCAACAACAUUUGGCUUGGAUACCAUCCCAAGCACAGGCAUCUCCAUGACCUAUGAUGGGACUGGCCUUCGGUUUGAGGGUAGCGGCCCUGUAGCCAUCCCUCUGACAGUCCCUGGCGGGGAGUACCGGAUCUGUUGGUGUGCCAAUGGCUUUGACUGCUUGCUGGCGGAGAACUUUGUUUCAGACAUCGGCCAGCUCACCGUGAUUGGACCAAGUCCACUGGACCAGCACCGCACGUGCGUGGCAGGUUCAGCCGAUGUUGCCAUGGUCCUGGACACAUGCGGUACCUCCGAGGACUUUGGUGUGAUGAUACCCCGCUUCCCCGUGACUUCGCCUAUUCUGGCUGAAGAGGCAUCUGUUGGAAUCACAACAUCCAUUUUGGUGGAAUGGAAUUACACAGUGACAUCGUACGGCGGGCAGUUCCGCCUAUGCUGGUGCACGGGUAGUCCAUGUGAACUUGUCGAGCACUUUGCAGUGGAUCUGGGGAUGUUCUUUCUGCUGGGCCCUGCCAUUCAGAAUGACCAGGACAGAACAUGCCUUGCGGGACAGACUUGCACCAUUGAUGACUUCAGCGGUGCUUUCCAAAUCAGCGACACAAUCAUGAUUUUGGACACUUGCGGUGUCAUGAGCUGGCCUUCAGGCUUGCCUUCAGAUGGCAGGCUUUUAGUGUCGGCUAGCGGUAGCAAAGCUUCCUUUGGCAGCGUUCCACUUUCUGCUCAAGGCGGAGAGUACCGGCUUUGCUGGUGCGAGGGAGACUGUCAGGUGGCGGCUACUGACAUUGGCCGGCUAAGUGUCUAUGGUCCACGACCGCUGUACCAAGACCGGACUUGUGUGUCAGGCCAGGAGUGUGUCGCUGAUGGCCUGCGUGGUUAUGGCUUCAGCUCAGCAGACAGCUGGGCUGUCCUCGAUACAUGUGGGGUCUCCGUUGUGAAUCGCUUCGUCAAUGCUGGCAUGUUCUCAUCGAUCACGGCCAGUGGAACUGUUAUUUCUUUCGGCGCUCUCGUUUCUACAGCUGGCGGUGGUUUCUAUCGACUCUGUUGGUGCGCUGCUGGAGCAAUAUGCAACACCGCAGAGCAUUACAAGGUGGAUGUAGGAAGCUUCGUGCUUAUAGGGCCAGCAAGCGAGUCGAGCGAGUCGAUUAGAACAUGCUUCAGCGGCCAGACGUGCAGCAUGACAACCCCUUUCGGGACACUGCUUUCUGCAGAGGAUUCCUAUAUGAUUUUGGAUACCUGUGGCAUUCCUGGCAUCAUUCAGGGGUUGCCAGACGCCGGCUUUCUCUCUCUCCUCCCUGCUGCUGAAGACAACACAACUUGUGUUGGGGGUGUGUGUGAGCUGACUUUCGGCACAACACUUGUCACGGCUGCUGGUGGCCGGUACCGGCUGUGCUGGUGUGCAGCGGGCCAUGCCUGCAGCACUGAGGAAGACUUCAAAGCGACCGUGGGUCACUUUGAGCUCGUUGGCCCUUUCAGCUUGCCUCUCGGGAGAACCUGUAUUGCUGGACAAACUUGCUUGGUGGAUGGGAUUGCAGGUAAUGGCCUGGUAGACCUGGACUCCCUGGCGCUCUUGGACACGUGCGGCAUGCGCAACAUCAUCGCCCAGACGCCCACCACAGCUCAUAGUUCCGGAGCAUCCUACAUCUUUACGCAGCCUGUCACCGCUGCUGGAGGCACGGGUCGAAUCCAAUCAGCUUUGGAUUCCUAG